CAAGGCAUGGGUUCCCUCGUACAAUCAGGUCAGACAAUGGCACUCAUUUCAAAAAUGAACAUCUGGCGGAUGUAGAAAAAUUGUUAGGUUUAAAACACCGGUAUGGAGCUGUAUACCACCCACAAAGUCAGGGAAAAGUGGAGCGCCUCAAUCUAACGCUAAAAAACAAACUGGCAAAAAUUUGUCACAAGUCCAAAUUGAAUUGGGUAGAUGCACUUCCCAUUGCACUAAUGUCAGUACGCUGUUCUAUUAAUCGAACUACUGGUUUCACUCCAUUUGAAUUGGCAACAGGAAGACAAUUCCCGGGCCCAUGGGCACCCUUGUAUGGUGGGGACACUGACUCACCACAAAUGUAUCAUGAUAAAGUAUGUGCUGUGAUUAACAUGUUCUCUCCGCAGAAAAAUUGGCCAACAGAGAGUGAGACAGCCAGGCCUGCAGAAAACACAACGCUGUGGGUGAGAUUGAAACAACACAAACGAAAAUGGUCUAGUCCCAGGUGGUCUGAACCGUUACGAGUCACGGCUAGGACAUCCCAUUGUGUGCAAUUAGCAGGUAAAGGCACAACAUGGUAUCAUUUGUCUGCUUGUAUGUUCUGUCCUUCUCCAGAUAGGACUUUGGCGGAUGUCAGAGUUGACCUCAGGAGAGGUCAAAGAGAGGGAGAAGGAGAAGGAGACACUGAGGAGCCAGAAAGAGAGGGAGAAGGCGGGGAAAGAAGCGGACAAAUAGAAACAGCCCCAGCCCCCAGAACACAGCUAAGCGCAACCCCUGUAUUUAAAAUCUUGCAACGAACUGGAGACUUGCUUCAGACGCCAGAACACAUUCCCAUUGCACAUUGUAUAAGUGCUGAUUAUGCACUGGGAGCUGGGGUAGCUAAACAAAUUAGAGACAAAUACGGUGUAGAAGAAUUGAACACUUCAGUCGCCCAACCAGGGGAUUGUAUCAAAACUACACACGGUCCACGACAAAUUUACCAUUUGGUGACCAAAUGGUGGUGUAGGGACCUACCCACCUACGAGCAUCUCGAGGCUAGUCUGAUAAAAUUGUGUUACCAGUGUAAGAAGGAUCAAAACAAAAUAUUGGCUAUACCAAAAUUAGGGUGUGGAUUAGACAAACUAGACUACAUCAAAGUAAAAGAAAUCAUUGAGAAAGUAUUUAAAGAGGGCCACAUUCAGAUAAUUCUCCUAACAAAAUGAAUAUAAACAAGAUGGUGGUGGCCUGGGGAGCAAUGUUGGUGAUAAUCCUAUGGGUAAUCUGUCAUAUGAAAGUCAGAGGGACAACAAAGGAAAAACGUAGUGUAAAAGAAAGGGGGGGAACAGGGGUGCGUAUUACCUUAGAAAGGGAAGAGGGAAAGGAUGGGAUGUGGCAGUUUGAUCUCUGUCAAGUAAUAGAUUGCGGGAGGGAUCAAUUGGCAUGGAGGGGAUAUGAUGUUUAUGGGUGCUUGUGGCCCACUGCCACUACGCCCCCGAAUGGUCCCUGGUGUCAUACCUGGCAUGAUGUAAAUUGGAAGACAGCCCCAGGGUUCACAAAAAAUCUGUUAAAAAAUAGUCCUUUAGCCAAAAUAGACAGCAUCCAAAAUCGACUUAAGUUGUUUAGAGGAUACCAGCAUAGUUGGGGAGGAUGGAAAAACACGCUGAUUAUAUCACUAAAAAAUGGUAAUGAUGCAACUAACACAUACAUAACUCUAGGGGUGGACGUAACAGGAAAAGACCCGCUGGGGUUGAUGAAAAUUUCCAUAAAAAAGCCUGAACCCACAGGGGCGCCAACAAUUACAGACCUAACAAAGAAAAAGGUAAUACAGAGCACUGACUAUAGCAAUCUGACCCCACUAGAUCUGAUGACUCUGGAGACAGGCUAUCACGAAACAAAUUUAUGGUUAGAAUGGGUGACAAACGCAGCCGAAGAAUUAGGAUUUGAGGGGUGCCUAGCCUGCGCAGCGGGAAGGCCACAAUUAAAUACUGAACCUGCCCCAUUACAUGAUCAUGAUAGUUGGGGGUAUGAGUGUAUGUUAAAAUUAACCAAAGAAAAGAGCCCCAAAAACUGCACUGCCCUCAGUAAACUAUACCCACCAACUGGAAAUGAAUCAUCAAUGGGAGUUGCAUUAAUAAGAAGAAAGGGUAACUAUACCUGUUUCAAUUUAACUACCUCCAGUGCAUCCAAAAUACUAGUGGGAACAUUUAAAGCGGAAUGGUGUGGGCAGGUGAUUCAGGAAGGCCAUGACAAACUAGGAGGAUGGGGCAGAGCGGGUUUGUACUAUGCGUGUGGGGAAAAGGUGGUGUUGGCUAGAAUAGAGCCCACCAUGGAAGGAGUAUGUGCUAUGAUAAGGGUUGCUGCUCCUAUGGUCAUGAUAGGAAAUAGGGCUAUAAAUGGGCAUAAAAACAGGCGAAGAAGGUCAGUAAAUAGUGAUUUCGAUCUAACACACAAUAGCCCCACUUACAUAGACGCAAUUGGUAUCCCCAGGGGAGUUCCAGAUGAAUAUAAAUUGGCUGAUCAGGUAGCAGCAGGGUUCGAAAAUAUACCUGUGAUAGCUGCAGUGUUCCCCGUGACUCCAAGUAAAAAUGUAGACAGAAUAAACUACAUACAUUACAACGUGCAGAGAUUAUCAAAUCUCACUAGAGAUGCUGUGUCAGGAUUAAAGGAACAAUUGGCUGCUACAUCUUUGAUGACAAUUCAAAAUCGACUGGCUUUAGACAUGUUAUUAUCAGAAAGGGGCGGAGUUUGCUCCAUGUUUAAAGACACCUGUUGCACCAUCAUACCAAACAAUACUGCCCCUGAUGGUUCCGUAUCCAGGGCUCUGGAGGGACUAAAAGAAUUGUCAAAUGAAAUGAAAGCUAGCUCAGGGAUAGAGAAUGCUGUGUCUAAAUGGAUGUCUGAUAUGUUUGGGGAAUGGAAGGGGGUGAUUAUUGCUAUGUUAACAUCAAUGGGUGUUUUCCUAGGAAUUUUGGUGACAUGUGGUUGUUGCUGUAUUCCUUGUAUCAGAAGUUUGAUGAAUAGGCUGAUAAUAACUGCAAUUGAAAAGAAAGAAAGUCCACCUCCUUAUCAGAUGCCUCUUCUUGCUGCAGCGGAGGGGGAUGACGUGAUGGAGGAAGUAGAGGAGGAACUAUUGGAUAUGGUGUGAUCUCUUACGAGAUCAAGAGAGGGAAUUGAGGGAUUAUAUUUUUAAA